GUUGCCGCCCAUAGUGAACACCAAAAGCGCAAACAGCUCUGUGCUAGUGUUGCUGCAUAAAUCAGAAAGGCAGUGUUCAUCAGAAACGUCGUCAAUGCUGUUCCUAAGGCUCUUUGACUUUCACGCGAAUCAAUGUCAGUUUCUAACCCAUCUAGGAACUUUUGUCUGUUCGCGAAGCGUGUAGACGUGCACGCCCACGCGCUGCCUGGUUGUCGUCCCAUUAAUAUCAUGGCACCGCUAUAAAUGAAAUUGUGCACAAUUUGGAGCACAUUCUGAAACUGCGAUUGAAAUUGACACUUGACCCGCCCAUUGCAUGGCUCCAAGUACUACUGGGCAUAGACGGUAGGUGUAGUCGUACACUCAAUCAUCUGAAUAUCUUGGGAUCAUCGGCUUUUUGAAAAGACGUGGUGGUAUUGUGUCUCUCUCAGACUACAAAAUCUCUCUGCAUUCUUCAACAGAAGAAAGAGUUCGAGUAUAAAAGAAAAAAUGGGGGUAAUCAUGCGAAUUGUGAUAACCAUUGACACGUUGUUUAUUGCGUGUAGAACUCCGUGCUGUUUCACGAGCCGCGACUGCACUUUGCAUUAGCGUUCGUUAUUCGCAGACGACGAAAAAUAGGCUGUUGUGAAAAGGCUUCUUCGUCCUCCACCGGCGAAAAGACGUCGACGCUCCAUCCUCCACUUUUGUCGAGACCGCCGCAGUGAAAAAGCCGCCAUCAGGAAAGCUGUUCCGCCAUCUGGAGUUCAGGAGCUGUACGAAAAGCACUGACUAAGUAAGUUCCCUGUUCCGCCGCGAGGUGGGUCGUACCUACAAUCGUACCAUGGGCCUAGUCUUUUCGUCCCUGUUCCGCCAGCUCUUCGGGCAGAGGGAGGUGCGAAUUUUGAUCCUGGGACUGGACAACGCUGGGAAAACGACGAUUCUUUACCGGCUGAAGGUUGACCAAGUGGUCUCGACCACGCCAACCAUCGGCUUCAACGUGGAAACGGUGCAGUACAAAAACAUCUCCUUCCAAGUCUGGGACCUCGGCGGGCAGAGCAGCAUCCGACCCUACUGGCGAUGCUAUUUCCCAAACACAAACGCAAUCAUCUACGUCGUGGAUUCAAUCGACAAGGAAAGGCUGCAGGUACUUACUCUAACCUUUUUUACGGAGGUUCUUGUUUGUAUUUGUUCGCUUUCUUGCAUUGGGAUUGGUAUCUUCAUCGACGCAUCUUUCAAAUCUAGUAAAGGGAAAAGUCACAGGAAGGAAGAUUUAUUUUUCACCAUGGACAUGCUGGUUGCACCGCUUCAUGCAUAUAUACACGACCAAAGUUCUAAAAGAGCCUGUCGCAAAAAAAAACAGGACGCUAAGGAAGAAUUGAACCUGAUGCUUGGUGAAGAGGAGCUGCAAGGCGUGCCGCUGCUGAUUCUGGCGAAUAAACAGGAUCUACCGCAAGCGAUGAACGCAGCGGAGGUCAGUGAGGGUUUAGGGCUAACCGAAAUUAGGUCGAGGCAAUGGGCGAUUUUCCAAACCUCGGCAUUGCGGGGGAGUGGGAUAUUAGAGGGAUUGGAUUGGUUGUGCAACGUCAUAUCCGCAACGUGAUGCAUGUUGACGACUUACUUUCGCGUAGAUCUACAGCUUGACCCACGACACUCAUACCCAAACAAGCUGACUCAACCUAACUAUCAUGGCAAAGACCAACCGUACCAACGCCAAAGCGCAGGACCUUUUCAAACAGCCUCUUCAACGCUCCAGCUCUCCGAGUAGUAUGUAU